UGCGUUUGUUUUUAAAAUACAAAAUAGGGCAAGCAAGAGGCAGGUGGCAAAACCCUCCCCUCGUAGAGCCAAGGCAGGAAGGCCAGAGAACUUACUGUUCCGGCGAGCACAGCGGCGGCGUUUUCAGAUCGGCGUCUGAGAGAGAAUGUCGACACCCAGUCAGGAGGAGGAUAAGAAGCCCGGCGAUCAAUCGGGACACAUCAAUCUGAAAGUCAAAGGCCAGGAUGGAAAUGAAGUAUUUUUCAGGAUUAAGAGAAGCACACAACUAAAGAAACUCAUGAAUGCGUACUGUGAUCGACAAUCUGUUGAUUUCAACUCCAUUGCAUUUCUUUUUGAUGGCCGUCGGCUCCGGGGAGAGCAGACUCCUGAUGAGCUGGAAAUGGAGGAUGGUGACGAAAUAGAUGCUAUGCUGCACCAGACUGGAGGCACUCGUGCAUAGUUAGAGUUGGUGAUUUCGUUUGUAAUAUAACUUGGCCUAGGAUAUCCCUGUUUAACUUGUGAUUUCCAGUUUACUCUUGUUCUAGCAACUUUCUAGUUUCUUCGGAUUAGUUGUCUGAUAUUCUAAUUCACUUGCUUCAUAUUUCAUUCCUGAAAAUUCCCUGUUCA